CACAUUAUGUCACCUCCGUUCCUUCCCACCUCCCUAAUAAAUUGUCUUAAUUACAAAUAUUCCUGCUUCAUAUAAAUUGGAAAUUCCUAAAUACGUUUCUGUUCUUCCAUUGUAACUAUAGUGAUAUUUCAAACGCAACCAGGCAACGAUUUUAUUAUGUCAAUAUUUUCAAAUUUAGGUUAACCGUGUUUGCCAAAUAUUCUCGUCUUGAAAUGAAAGUUACAUUUUGCACCGAUUUAGACAAAAGUGUCGUCGUAGCAAAUUGCGAAAAACGUGGCUGGAUCCAAGUCAAUCCGGAAGAUGAAUGGAACAUCUAUUGGGCGGGUACCCUUACCUGCAGGAGCCUCUUCAGCGUCGACAGUGGGUAUAGGAUGAACGACAAUCAAAUAAUUAACCACUUUCCCAAUCAUUAUGAAAUAUCCAGGAAAGAUUUGUUGGUUAAAAACAUCAAACGUUACAGAAGGGAUCUGGAAAAGGAGGGUAACAGUUUAGCAGAAAGAGGCGACUCUAAGUACCUCCAUUUGGAUUUUAUUCCAGUGACUUUUGUGCUUCCAGCUGAUUAUAACAUGUUUGUAGAAGAAUACAGGAAGGCGCCGCAAAGUACUUGGAUUAUGAAACCGUGUGGAAGAUCGCAGGGUUCUGGAAUAUUCUUAAUUAACAAACUGUCUAAGUUAAAGAGGUGGUCGAGGGAAGCGAAAACUCCUUUCCAACAACAAUUAACCAAAGAAAGUUACGUGAUUUCUAAAUAUAUAGACAAUCCUCUUCUAAUUGGUGGAAAAAAAUUCGACUUGAGGCUUUACGUAUUGGUUACUUCAUUUAGACCGUUGAAAGCUUAUCAGUUUCGGUUGGGUUUUUGUAGAUUUUGCACUGUAAAAUACGAUUCAAGUGUGGCUGAAUUGGAUAAUAUGUACGUACAUCUAACUAACGUAUCUGUACAGAAACACGGAGGUGAAUAUAAUUCUCUACACGGCGGAAAACUAAGCGUACAAAAUUUAAGACUACAUUUAGAAAGCACCAGAGGAAAGCAAGUAACUGAAAAGUUGUUUGAUCAAAUAAGUUGGUUAAUUAUCCAUUCUUUGAAAGCUAUAGCUCCAGUUAUCGCCACCGACAGACAUUGUUUUGAAUGCUACGGUUACGAUAUUAUUAUCGAUAACAAACUCAAACCGUGGCUUAUUGAGGUUAAUGCUUCACCAUCCUUGACGUCUACCACUGCCAACGAUAGAAUUUUAAAACACAAACUGCUGGACAACAUUUUUAACAUAGUAGUUCCUCCGUCUGGAAUGCCUGAUGUUAGAUGGAAUAAAAUUCCCACUCCUAGGGCUCUAGGUGACUUUGAGCUGCUUGUUGAUGAAGAUCUUGUGAAUAUGAGUGAAAAUGGUGAUAUCGCCAAUAAAGGAAAAUAUAAAUAA